AUGACAUCGGCAACUAUCGCCCAAUCUGCUCAAUCUGUUCGUCAUCUACAAGCUCUUUACAAGAGUGAUAAUGCCUUAAGAGGUUUGAAAAAGUCUUGGAUGAAGGACAGAAAUGCGAGAAAGCAAGGUUUUGAAAAGGAUACAGCACGAUUGACCACAUUCACACUGUUUCGAAAAAUCGAGGUAUCACGAGAGUACAAGAUGCCGCUCUGUCUCACCUACAUCGACUUAAAGAAGGCCUUCGACUCAGUUGAGACGGAAGCGGUCAUGAAAGCCUUGAACAACCAAAGCGUCCGUACUCAGUAUAUUAAAGGUACUUCGAGAGCUGUACAGUAA